CCGAACAAAGGCCAAGCACCGACCCACACCUCCACUUGAAAAAAACUAGUGAGAGAGCUUGGUUUUAUCCUUCUUUUCUUGUUCAAGAACAAGAUUUGGAGCCUUGAAAUUUUCCCCCUGCAGGAAAGCUUCCGGAUCUGCCCUCCUCUGCUUCUUCCGUCCACUGCUCUGCCGUGUGUGGGGCUGUGGAUUUUCCAAAUUUUUUGGUAAGAAGAACCAUUAAAUUCUCUAUUUUUCCUUGAAUUGGCUUGGGUUACUCUAAGUUCCUCUUAUUUCUUCAAUUUUGGGUUAAUUCCGUGAGCUUCCCUGCACUUCCCGCCGGUCUCCCCAAGCCACAACUCCAGUUUUGCUGGGAAAAUUCUGGUUCUUGAGUGUUCUGUCACCCGAGUACUUGGCUUGAGUUCCGGAUUUGAGGAAAUGAAGUCAAGGACGAGGAAAAACGAGGGGAGUGACAAGUUAGAAGGCUAGUCAUCUUGUAAAUUGAAGAUAGAUUUUAAAUAUAGAUCAUCAUCUUGUAAGCUAGAUUUUAAUUGGAGAUUUUAUAAAUUCAUUUAAUGGAUUAUGUGAAUUGGAUAAGUUCCGAGUCUUGUGCAUUUGUGGGACCCUUUCACGAGUGCACGGCGUCUGCCACAUCCCCGGAUUUAGGUUAUGGGGCGUGACAAUAUGGCUCUAAGGCAAAACAAGAUACAAAUAUUAACUUAUCUCUACAACGGAUCAAAUUCUAAUAUGAUUGAUCUUAAUAGGUUGAAACCCUUUUUGGUCCCUUUACUAUUGAUAAAAGCCCCUUUUUGGU